AAAACUCAAAAGAACUCCACUUUGCUUGCGGCAAAUUCAUCAGUCUAAGUUGAACUAUUGGCCUCUACGUUCUUCCUGUAUUUGCACGGCAAACUAAAAAAGGCUUUCUUCGGUUGACUCUUCUCGUUAGUAAAAGUUAACGAUUCCGGCCGAAAUGAAGUUCGUUGUGCUGCUUGCUACCUUCGUUGUCUGCUGUUCUACCGUGAUUUCCGAAUCCGUGACGUCAUCACCUCACAGGAGCGCCUCGCUCAUUAUGAAUAAUAGAGGAAGCUAUCAAAGGAUUCCACAGGAGAAAAUCGUAGGAGGGACAAUAGUCGUGCCCAAUUCGCUUCCAUUCCAGGUUUCUAUACAGCGCCGGAGUGACGCCGGAUCUCGCUGGGCUCAUUACUGCGGAGGAGUUAUUCUUGAUGCUAACGUCGUCAUCACUGCCGCCCAUUGCGUCUCCGGGAUUGAUGACACCUCUUUGCGCGUAGUCGCCGGAGAGCACAGUCUCUCCAUCAACAGCGGACAUGAACAGGAUGCAUUUCCCGUUUCAUUUAUCGUGCACGAAGAAUACGAUACCGAUCAUUUCAAAAACGACAUCGCCCUUAUUUUCAUGAACCAAGCUCCUUUGGAUCUCAGUGUGCCUUCUGCCAAACCAAUUAACUUACCGGAGCCUACCUCUCAGUACGAUCCGCCGGCUGGAACUCACGUCAACGUAUCCGGAUGGGGAUUCACGAAUUCUGCAUCCUGGUCAAAUGACAGGCUCUCUGACCUUCUCCGAAGUGUCAACAUCACGGUGGUUUCCGACCAAGUUUGCGACAAGGCUUACGGUGGUGAUUCCGAAAAUCGAAUCGUUCUUCCGUCGAUGAUGUGUGCUGGUGACAUGAAAAAGGGCGGCCUUGAUUCUUGUCAGGGAGACUCUGGCGGCCCGCUGUUCACAGGCAGUGGUGAGACGGCCGUCCUUUACGGAAUUGUCUCCUGGGGCGAAGGAUGCGCUUUAGCUUCUUAUCCUGGUAUCUACACUCAGGUGUCUUACUUCUUAGACUGGAUUGCAGCCAACCAAAGGGUUUAUUCCAACUACUUUAAUUGGCCACAUCUCCGCCAUCUCUCAACUCGAUCAAUGCCAACACCCGAUUUCAAACAAGUUCGAACUGUGUCGACAUUUUAAAAAUUAAUGUCGUUCAAAGAAUAACAGCGUUAAACACAGUCGAGAAAUUGCUCCGCGUUCUAUUGUAAUACAAAUAUUUAAAUACAUUUCUAACAACCUA